GUCGAUGAGGUUCUAUCCGGCAGAUACGAAAUGUUUGGGGAGCCUGUGAUGGAAGCGGUGAUCAACUUCAAAUGGAGAAAGUUUGCAAGGAUUCGAGUUUUCGGGAUGUUGUUUGUUUACAUGAUAUACGCUAUUGCGUUCAUGAUCGGAAUUACGACAACGAAUCAUCCGCUCAGGGUAUCGACGAUGUUGAUUGUGUUUGUCGGCGGAUUUUUAUACCUGUGCCUUGAGAUCAUGCAAAUGUUUGGGCAGAUUGUGGAAUAUUGGUUCAGUGUAUACAACUACCUGGAUUUGGCCAGAAGCAUCUUGCCGAUGGUUGUGGCAAAGAAAUUCAUAUUUGACUUUGAAGCUCAAGAUCAACCAUCGGAUGGACUCCGUGGAGCCGCCAUGUUAUUUAUUUACGUUGAUCUCAUCUUACAUUUUCGCGUAUUUAGGCCAAUCGGCAUUCCCAUAUUCAUGAUCCUCGAGAUCUUUCGAAAAGUUUGGUGGAUCAUCGUCAUCAUGGGAGUCAUGGUCUUUUCUUUUGCGCACAUUUUCCAUCUCCUACUAAAAGAUGAAAAUUCAAAUUACCAACAAUUUGGAUUGUCGCUGGUUUCCAUCUAUUUCAUCCUGAUCGGGCAAUAUGAUUCCGUCAAUGUUGAAAAAACCAAUAAUAUCACCAUCACCAUAUUAUUGAUGGUUUUUUCAUUCUUCACUGCCAUAUUGUUGUUAAAUGUUUUGAUCGCUAUUAUGGCGGAUGUGGUGAGAGAGACCGAAACCACCGGCAUACGAGCCUGGUUAAAACAAAAGGCGGAGGUCAUAGCGGAGAUCGAAAUGUAUAUGAUGACGCCAGCGCAACGCAAGAAGAAAGAUUACUUUCCUUCUUUGAUCUAUUACUACGCGAAUCCCGACAAGAUCAAGGCGUAUAAGAAAAGGAUGGAGAACCGAGAUACCGAAUGGGAGGGUGAUAACAUGGAGGAAGAUGUAAAGGAAUCUGAUUUUCCAUGGAUUAAGAGUAAUCUCGACAGCAGUACCAGCAACGUGGCAAGGGUUUACCCGCCAGUGAGCGAAUUUGCGGAAGAAUCUUCCAACGAUGAAUGA